AUGGCGAACAAACUAGACGCGAUGAAGCCCCAGAAGAAGAUUGAGCUCUUCUCUGGGAGCUACUUUGCUGCGUGCACGGUUGGCGGUAUCAUUGCAUGCGGGCCUACACAUACCAUGGUCACACCUCUUGACUUGGUAAAAUGCCGCCGCCAAGUCGAUUCCUCCCUCUACAAAUCCAACACACAAGCCUGGAAGAUGAUCUACUCCAAAGAAGGGCUGCGCGGCGUGUUCUUUGGCUGGACACCCACCUUUGUCGGCUACUCGAUGCAAGGUGCAGGCAAAUACGGCUUCUACGAGGGCUUCAAGUACCUCUACGGCGACAAGCUCGCACCUGGGCUGCCAAAACAGGUUGUGUACCUUGCUGCGUCAGCUUCCGCCGAGUUCCUCGCGGAUCUUGCGCUGUGCCCGAUGGAAGCGAUCAAGGUGCGCAUGCAGACUACGGUGCCGCCAUUUGCGCAUACACUGAGGGAAGGUUGGGCGAAAGUCAUCAGGGAGGAAGGUGUGGGCGGGUUGUACAAGGGACUGUAUCCGCUGUGGGCGAGGCAGAUUCCGUAUACCAUGGUGAAGUUUGCGACGUUUGAAGAGACGGUCACGCAGAUCUACAACUUUCUUGGCAAGCCGAAGGACCAGUUCAGCGGCCUACAACAGACCGGAGUGAGCUUUUUGGGUGGAUACAUUGCUGGUAUCGGAUGCGCUGUUGUUUCGCACCCCGCAGAUGUUAUGGUUUCAAAACUGAACAGCGACCGCAAGGCUGGUGAAGGCGCUGGUCAGGCCAUUGGCAGGAUCUACGGUAAGAUCGGGUUCGGAGGUCUGUGGAACGGACUGCCUGUCCGUAUCUUUAUGAUCGGUACUUUGACAGCCUUCCAAUGGCUCAUCUACGACUCUUUCAAGGUCUACCUCGGCUUGCCCACUACUGGAGGUCACUAA